UGUCUCUUUUCCGUGUCAGUAGUUGCUUUGCGCAGGACUGAGUUUCAGGGUCUUCUGGUUUUGACUAAAUCAUUUGAUCGCGAUUCAUUUGAACCAACACACUGUUUGUAGGCUUACUUACCUUCUUAUAUAACUUUACUGCACCAUAUUGUAAUUCAAUUUGCACCACUCAAAACGAAGGUCUGCAACAGCGAGGCAGCCCCUGGACCACUAACCUCAAAGGAUAUGUUGAGCUGCCAACAGUUGUUGUGUAUGAAGCGACCCUGAAUGUCAUCUUCCUCCAAAACACUCACAGUUAAUUCUACACGCGAACCAUCAAGUUCUUUACUACACAACUUUCCAGUACAUGAUUGAUAUCUCAGCCAGCACACCCCAUGGCGACCUCGAAGGACAGAACAUUUAAAGAAAAACUGAUCGAUGAAGUGCGCCGCCAUAUGCAUCUACUUUAUCCGGGAGACUACAGGACAUUCAAAGUGACAUGGAGCUCUUGGAUAGUGAUUGCUACGAAGCUCGGCAAAGACGAAAAUAUUUGCUCCAAAGUUUGGAAGAAUUUAAGAGUACAAUAUAACAGAGCAAAUAAGACAGGGACCAUCAUCUCACCCAACAGCAUCCUUGCGAAGAUGGAGUCCCUUUUCCAACAUGCAAAACAGUCAACAUCGAGGUCGAUGGACCCUAGAGGGAAGAAACUCGGCCAAAUGAAGAAAAAGGAGCCAAGUGCACAGCCUAUUGACAAGAGUGCCCACUACGGAAGAAAAUCUGUCUCUAAAUAUAGCAGAGAUGAAAAGUGUAUUAAGCAACCCAGAAUGUCAUCUUCCUCCAACACACUCACAGAAAAUUAUGAACACACACAAACCAGCAGGUCCGUUUCUGCAAAAUAUUCGGGUACAGGAAAGAAUCAACCUGGACAUGUCUUUUCAAACUCAAGGAAUGAAUUAAGAGCUGACAAUGGGGGUCUUCUCAAUGCACCACAAUUAAAAAAAUGCAACAUUAUUGGGUCUGUGACGUUCAAUAAUGAGAUGGGCAACAGAAAAGAGGAUGCAAAUGUGGAUUCUGCAGGUGUCUUUGAGAGAAUUUCGGAAGACGUGAGGGCGAGACUGAAGAGACAAGUAGGAUAUAUCGUGGAGGGUAAUGAAACUAGAGUAGAGAAGAAACCCUUAAACCAAAUCUACACAAAAGUCUACAUCACAGAGGCAGAGGCAAGUGUUGUUAAUGAGCAUGAAAUAUGCCAGAUAGAUUCAGCUGCCAAGGUUCAACCAGAUGGUAAGGAAAUUGAGUGCAACAAUAUCUUCAAACAAGAUGAAGCCAUCAGGACUGUGCUGACCAAAGGAAACGCUGGUAUAGGGAAAACAGUUAGUGUGCAUAAGUUUAUCCUUGACUGGGUGGAGGGCAAAGCCAAUCACAUCAUAAAGCUCAUAUUGCUCUUACCCUUUCGGGAGCUCAGUUUACGGAAAGGAGAAUAUAGUUUUCACACACUUCUCAUCGAGCUCUACCCAGAACUUGCUGAGCUUAAGGAUCCAAAGAUCUAUAACAGCAAUGAAAUUGUCUUUAUCCUCGAUGGCCUGGAUGAAAGCACAUUUCAGUUGAACUUUUCCAAGAAGCUAGUAGCAGACAUGAACACGCACACCACAGUGGACGUCCUGAUCACAAGCCUCAUUAAAGGGAAACUGAUGGACUCUGCUCUCCUUUGGAUAACCUCACGACCAGCAGCUGUCACCCGGGCCCUGUCUAAGCACAUCGACCAAAUUACUGAAGUCCGAGGUUUCAAUGACCCACAGAAGGAGGAAUAUUUCCGCAAGAGGAUCAGCAAACCUGACCUUGCCAACAACCUCAUCUCGCACAUCAAGUCAUCUCGGGUCCUCUAUAUCAUGUGCCAUAUCCCUCUGUUUUGCUGGAUCGCGGCAACAGUUUUUCAGAACAUGCUUAGUCGGGGUGACUACAAGGAAAUUCCCAAAACCCUUACCAGUAUGUAUUGCCACUUUUUGCUAAUUCAGACUGACAUAGCACACCAGAAGAACGAGGACGCAAAUGAAAUGAGCAGGCAGAAACUUCUUGAGUGUAACAGAGAAGUCAUUAUGAAAGUUGCUCAGCUGGCUUUUAAACAGCUGCUCAAGGCCAGACUUAUUUUUUCUGAAGAGGACCUUAAGGAAUGUGGAAUUGACGCAAAUGAUUCCCUUGUCUCUGGGAUGUGCACAGAGAUCUUGAAGUUAGAACCUUCCUGUUAUGUGAACACCUUCCAUGAGAAGACCUACUGCUUUGUGCAUCUGAGCAUCCAGGAGUUUCUUGCUGCUUUCUAUGCAUUUCACUGCUAUAAAAGCAAGAAUCUGUUCCCCAUCAUGACCUUUCUGGCUCAGAAGAGAAAAGCUGCGCCUGAGCAUCUCGGACUGGAGGACUUGCUGAAAAUUGCAGUCAACAAAGCACUGGACAGUAAAAAUGGACACUUAGACCUGUUUGUCCGCUUUCUUCAUGGCAUCUCACUGGACACCAAUCAAAGAAUUUUAGGUGGUCUGCUGCCCAAUGUAGAGUCAGAUUCAGAGACUAUGAGAAAAAUAAUCGGCAACCUGAAAAAAAUGCAGCGGAAGGAUAUCUCAGCAGAACGUUGCAUGAACCUCUUCCACUGCCUCAGUGAAAUGAACGACUGCUCGGUCCAUGAGGAAGUCCAAGGAUUUUUGAAUUCAGAGAAAGGCUCUGUCAAAGUGUUGUCACUAGCACACUGCUCUGCACUGGCCUACAUGCUUCAGUUCUCUGAUGAGGUGCAGGAAGAGUUUGACCUGAGGAAGUACAACACAUCUGACGAGGGACGCAAGAGGCUGGUUCCAGCAGUGAAAAGCUGCAGUAAGGCUAUUCUUGUUGGCUGUAAACUCUCAGAGAACUCCUGUGACAUUGUGGCCUCAGCAUUACAGUCUGAAAACUCAGCAUUGAGAGAGUUGGACCUAAGUGACAACGAUCUUCAGGAUUCAGGGGUGAACAUUCUCUGUGCUGGACUGAAGAGUAGGAACUGCAAACUGGAGAAACUGAGAUUAUCUUGCUGUGGCGUCACAAGGGCUGGCUGUGAGGCACUGACCUCUGCUCUUCGUUCCAACCCUUCUUACCUGAGAGAACUCGACCUGAGUCGUAACUACCCAGGGGUCGAGGGAAAGGCCAAACUCUCUAAAAUACAGAAGAAACUACGGUGUACAAUAAGUUUUGAUGACGAGGCAGAGUACUGGUUGAAGUCUGGAUUACGGGAAUAUGCCUGCGAAAUCACUUUAAACCCAAACACAGUCCACAGAAAGCUAUCGUGGAAGAACCAAAAAGUCAACGUGCACGAGUCAGAUCAGGAACGCCCUGAUUGCCCAGAGCGAUUCAAGCACUGUCAGCAGUUCCUCUGCAGUGAGGGACUGACUGGAAAGGCUUACUGGGAAAUCGACUGGAAUGGACGGACCUCGAUUGGCGUUGCGGACAGGAGCAUUAGCAGGGACGGACUGGACGAAAGUCGGCUCGGAUGCAACAACAAGUCCUGGAGUCUUGAAUGCUAUGCCUCUGAGUACCUCGCCAAACACAAGAACGAGACUGAACACAUCCCGGCUCCUCGCUCCAAGUCUGGGCGACUAGGAGUGUUCUUGGACUGGCAAGGCGGAACCCUAUCCUUCUACAGUGUCUCCUCCGGAACCCUUUCCCACCUGCACACGUUCCAUGGGAGAUUUGUCGAACCCCUCUACCCAGGGUUUGAGGUUUCGAAGAGUGUUACCAUAUGCCAACACAAAAAACCUACCAAGAAAAAGGCUAGUGAUUUGUAAGAUGCUUUGUUAUGCUGCAGUCACGGAUGAAUAACUUGGCAUAAGAGGACUAUUAUUAAUAAUAAUAAUAAUAAUAAUAAUAAUUCAUUUUAUUUGUAACGCACUCUUCAUUCAGAAAAAUCUCAGAGUGCCAAGAAUCUCAGAGUGCCAAAUCUUAUUAUUACUUACUAUGGCCUUAGUAUAGUCAGAAUGUAUUUUUGCAGGCUUUUAUUUUUGUAUGUAUGUAGGACUGCAUUUUCUAUAUUUUAGUAAGAUCAUGUACAAAAAUCCUUUCAUUUUACCAGCUUACCUCUAUGAUGAUCUCAGGUAUUUUUGACUAUAUCUGUAGUGUUUUGUAAUGUUUUGGGGGAUGAAUUGUUUUUCUACGUUUUUUAUUCCUUACAUCACUUGUCAGAAAUGUAUAUCACUGACUAAAUCCAAUAUAAAAUAAAUCAAAAAUGCUAAAAAUAA